AAAACCUUCACCCCCAACAUAAUUAGCAGGAAGAUCAAGGAAGAGCCUAGAGAAGAUGUUUCCAUCAAGAAGGAGAAGAAGGAACGGGAUCGAGACCGCCAACGCGAUGGGCACGGCCGGGGUCGUGGCCGGCCCGAGGUGAUCCAGUCCCACUCCAUCUUCGAGCAGGGCCCUGCUGAAAUGAUGAAGAAAAAAGGUUCCUGGGACAAGACAGUGGAUAUGUCAGACUUUGGUCCUUCCCACAUCAUCAACAUCAAGAAGGAGAAGAGGGAGACAGAUGAGGAGACAAAGCAGAUCCUGAGGAUGCUACAGAAGGAUGAUUUCCUGGAUGACCCAGGGCUGAAGAAUGACAUCCGUAACAAGCCAGUGCAGCUGCCCCUGGCCCACUCGGGUUGGCUCUUCAAGGAGGAGGUGACAGAGCAGGAGGACACCCAGCCCUGGCUGCCUGGCCCCAAGGAGGAGAAGAUGGAGCUGGACCCACCAGCAGUGAAAG